GGGAAUGAAAUACCGUGAACCAGAGUAUUGGAAAUUUGGUGAGAUGGGAAACAAGUAUUUUCUACAUGCUACAGGACAAUUGGUUUAGAUGUGGAGCAUGUGGAUGAUAGGAGUCUCUGUUGUGGUACCCCACCUGAUUGUGAGUGGAAGAUACGGGCAGGCAACAUCUGUGCUGCUUCAUUUGAUCGGAAAUGUAAUGGGAUUUGCAAGUCUGUUGAGAGAAUCAUGGAUGUUCACCAGCGCUGUGGCGAGGAUGAGAACGCUAUAUGGAGUGCAAGCUACUGAGAGACAGGGAGCCGUUCCCCCAAACUCAGGAAGGACAUACAGGUUGAUUAUAGCAAGCAAAUCCAGCAUAAAUUCCUUAUUUGAAGAAGCAAUCCCACUGUCUUCAACUCUUCAUGCGCUCAUAUUCUCCAUAAAAUUAUGAAUGCUAAACAUAAGAUAGAAUGACUUCUUCAACAAAAUAUGA